AAACAACGAAGAAAAAGGAGUUCAAAGGUUGACAGGAAAAGCCUCAUUAGUUGAGAAACACGCUGAACACGUAUUUUAUUUUAUUUUUUUACGGAGAUUCCGCACUUUCUUUGGUUUAGCCUUCACAAGACGCUGCCAUGUCAUCCUACACGUGCAUCAGCUGCCGCGUGGCAUUCUCUGAUGGAGAGGUGCAACGUGCCCACUACAAGAGUGACUGGCACCGCUACAACCUGAAGCGCAAGGUUGCCGACAUGCCACCCGUCAGCGCCGCCAACUUCCAGGAGCGUGUCCUGUUGCAGCGAAGCGCCGCCGAAUGCCACCCAAGCAAUGUUGGCGAAGUCUGCGCCGUCUGCAACAAAAAGUUCUGUAGUGCCAACGCCUUCCGCAACCACCUACAAUCACAGCGACACCAGCAGGCCGAGCGCCGCGCCCUGCAGGCUGCUCGGCAACAGGUGGACAAGCUUAACCAGAAGAACCUGGAGAAAGGGCUGGGCAGCGAAGACAAGGAGGACAGAGACGCCAGGAACAAGGCUCUGCAGCAGGCCUUCAAGGAGCAGUGCAGGACAAGCCAGAAGGAGGCGCCGGUGAGGAGCAAGGAGAAAAAGGCGGAAAAACCUCCACGACUGGUGUGGCUGGAGGAGCAGGCCAAGCGGAGAGAGCGGGACGAAGGGGCUGCCGCUGAGGAUGAGUGGGAGGACAUGGACGAAGAUGAGGAUGAUGAGGAGGACAUGGAGGAGGAUGAUGAGGAUGAGCCCACAGAGGAAAAGGAUGGAGACCCAGCCGCUUCGUCCAACCCGGAUCAGCCCGCCAUCACCCCCCUACCUGGUUCAAUUCCCGUCACCGACUGUCUGUUCUGCUCGCAUCAUUCCAAGUCGCUGCUGCGGAAUGUCGCCCACAUGACACACGUUCACAGCUUCUUCAUCCCGGAUCUUCAAUACCUGGUGGACCUCAGGGGUCUGGUCCGCUACCUCGGCGAGAAGGUGGGCGCGGGUAACGUGUGCCUGUGGUGCAACGAGAAGGGGCGCUCUUUUUACUCCACGGAAGCCGUGCAGAGUCACAUGACGGACAAAAGUCACUGCAAGCUCUUCACAGACGGGGACGCCGCGCUUGAGUUCGCCGACUUCUACGACUUCAGGAGCAGCUACCCAGACAGAGGGGAUGAUGACAUGGACGACGAAGAGCUUCCUGACGACAAGAACUUUGAAUAUGACGAUGAGACAAUGGAGCUCACGCUUCCGUCAGGCGCCAGGAUCGGCCAUCGCUCCCUCAUGAGGUACUACAAGCAGCGCUUCGGAAACGAGAGGACCCUGACCCUGAGCCACAACAGGAACGCGGUGGGACGUGUGUUGCGGCAAUACAAAGCGCUCGGAUGGGCCGGAGAUGCAGGCCUCGGUAGCGUGCGCUGCGUCCGUGACAUGCAGUACGUGCAGAUGAUGAAGUCCAAGUGGAUGCUGAAGAUGGGAAUGAGUCACAACGCCACUAAGCAGAAACACUUCCGCCCGCAAGUCAUCUUCUGAGGGUGGCCAAAAACACUUGAAUUUGAAACUGUUUGGAGCCACAGAAGCAAUCGGGUGGACAAAUUGACAGCUGUCAUGGUAUUCAAUGACCGAAAUGUUACAGUGCUAUCUCGAGAUGCGAAUGACCCAACUGAGUCAUAUAUUAUUGCAAUUUACUGAGAAGCUAUGAUGUCUCCAUAUCAAUGUUUUGCUAGCCAAUGGGAAGACACCAGAAGUACCAACACCAUGUCCAUUGAAUAGAAGCAAAAAGUGACAAAAAUGGUUUAAUUCUUCACAUUCAUUUAAAUCGUCAUUUCUGUAUGUUUUUGUAAAGUACAAUAUUUUUGAGUGCUUUUUUUGCCCUUCAUUCAUUGUUUUUUUUUUUUUUUUUUUUUUGCCAGAGGCCAUUGAUUUCAAUGGGGAAGUUUUUGAGUGAAGUGUGGUCACGAAAUGAAUUGAACUAGUCUCUCAAAGGCAUCACUAUUUUUUCCCCAUUAUGGAACAAAAAGAUUUUUACUGCAAUGAAACAUUACAUGGGGGUCUUCUGUUUGUGACUUUUCCAACUAUGAAAGUUUGAAUUCAGUGAAAUUUCAGGGUCAGCUAAAAGAUAAUGUCGCCACAGUACUUUAAAAAGUAAGUACGUUUCUUUCGGCUUGUCCCUUUCGGGGUCGCCACAGCGUGUCAUCUCAGAUGAACGCACAUAAAUGUUUGGCACUAUUUUUACGCCGGAUGCCCUUCCUGACCCUUCUCAUCAAGCCGAAAGAAACUUACUAUUGUCUAAUCAAACUAUGUAAUUUACCUCACAUUUGAUUGUCAUUUUCAUGGCUAGUUUGGUCCUUCAACUGGACACCUGUGGACUUGACAUACAAGUGAAGAUAUAUCAGCUACACCCUAGAAUAAUAUUGAUGCAGUAAUGUUUGGCUGAAUGUUCUAAUAAAA